AUGGCUGAUUCAAGUAAGCAGAGAUACGAGCAACGGUACCUUAAGGUUUGGGAGGAUAUUUUCUUCGCAUUUGUUCGCAAUCGGACAAUUUGUCUUUUAUGUAGUUAUGAGCCUUCUGUUGUAAAAAAGUACAUUCUCGAAAGACAUUAUAGAAUCAAACAUUCCGGAGAAAAUUCAAAUUAUGCAUGUCAGGAAAAAUUAAAAAUACUUGAAGGAUUAAAAUUAGUUUAUCAGGAAGGUGAUAGUAUUUGUCAGGAUGCAUUAAUUUCUAACGCCGGUCAUAAUAAUAAAAAAGCUGUAGCUGCAUUGUACGCUAUUUCUUUUCUUAUUGCGAAACAUUCCAAGCCAUUCGCUGAUGGCGAAUUUGUAAAAAAAUGUCUCGUUGAGGCAGUAAAAUCCUUUGACAAUAGAUUAAUUGUUGACAAAGCUGCGAGCAUUCCGCUUAGUAUUCAAACAGUAGGGCGUAGAAUUAAUAAUAUUGCGUCUUCUAUCAAAGAUAAGUUAAAAUCCUUGUUAGCGACUUGUUCGUAUUUUUCAUUGUGUCUUGAUGAAAGCACCGAUAAUCGACACGUGAGCCAAUUGAGUAUUUUUACUCGAAUCGUUCAAAACGAUUUCUCAUGUGUCGAGGAGCUUUUAGAUUUAGUUGCAUUGCAUGGCACAACUACGGGUCUUGAUAUCUUCAGAGCAGUAGAAAACACUCUCAAAGAAUUUAAUGUAGACUUUACAAAAUGUUCGGCUAUAGUAACUGAUGGUGCCAAAGCAAUGACCGGCUCACAAAAUGGAUUUCUCGGUCUAACCAGGCAACAAAAUUUAAAAUUUCGCAUUAUUCAUUGCAUCAUUCACCAAAAAGCGUUAUGCGGGAAAGCUGUUAAACUGUGUACUGCAAUGCAGACAGUCACAAAAAUUAUUAAUUUUAUUAAAGGUGGUAAUAAAUUUCUGUCUCAUCGAAAGUUUCAACACUUGCUCAAAGAGCAUAACACAGUUUAUACCGAUGUUCCUUAUAUUCGCUGGCUCAGUGCCGGAAAAUGUUUAGAAAAGUUUUUUGCAAUAAAAAAAGAAAUCUUCCGUUUCUUGCAAGAACUAUCUAUUGCAAAAUGCGACGAAUAUAUAUUUUUUUUGGAAAAUUUAAAAUUUCUUUGCGAACUCGCUUUUAUUACUGAUUUGACUAACCAUUUAAAUAUCUUAAAUUCAAAGCUGCAAAGAGGUAAUCAAAUUAUUUCUCAAUUAUUUAGUGCCAUUGAUUCUUUCCGCAGACAAUUAUUAUUAUUUAAAAAUCAUAUAAAGGCAGGUACUUUAUAUUUCUUCCCAUCUUGUCAGAUCCUUUUCGAAGAGCACGGCACAAAUUGCAAUUUUUAGAAGCAUCUCUACUUAAUCGAUUCACUUGUAAGUCAAUUUAAUACGCGGUUCAGUGAUUUUGGGAUGUUUAAAAAUGAUCUAAUUUUUCUCGAGAAUCCUCUUACCGUGCAAAUUGAGGAACAAAAUAUAGAAUUGCAACAAGAACUUUGCGAUUUACAAAGUGAUAUUUCCCUUAAAACGCGGUCGGAAAAAAGAAUAGAGCUCUUCAAAAUUUUAGACGUAGCGACUUAUCCGAAGCUUAAAAAUUUCGGACUUCAAUUAUACUUACCUUUUGGGUCGACGUAUGUGAAUCGUGCAAGUUUUUUUUUAUUAUAUUUAUUAGAAGUUGCGUGUCCAAAAUAA